CGCACUGCGACUGGCUCCGCCGCCUGGCUUGAGCGAGUGUGCUUCCAGUGUUGUUAAAGGGGAGAAGGGAGCAAGCUGAGGAUUUCAGUACAUUUUUAUAUAAAACACGCUCAGUUUCCGCUGAUCAGUCAGACUCGGGGAAAAAAAGGAGUAGUGGGACAGCAGGGAAGGGCAAAAAAAAAGGAGAGAAGAAAAAAGAGGAGGAGGAGGACUGGGAGGAGAAAACCUGGCACAGUGGAAAAUGCUGCGGAUUUGACGAGGAGAUGUCUGGCGUCACCAUGGAAGCGAGCUCCCUCCUGCCCAUCCUAAAAAAGAAGCUGGCCUUCCUCUCAGGAGGCAAGGACCGGCGCAGUGGUCUGAUCCUGACCAUCCCACUCAAUUCGGAUCAGACCAGCAUGGAGGAGCUUAGCGCCACUCUGGACUACCUGCUCAGCAUCCCUAGCGACAAGUGCAAGGCUCGGGGUUUCACCGUGAUCGUGGACGGCCGGAGGUCUCAGUGGAACAUCGUGAAGACGGUGGUGCUAAUGCUGCAGAACGUGAUCCCAGCAGAGGUGUCGCUGGUCUGCGUGGUGAAGCCUGAUGAAUUCUGGGAUAAGAAGGUCACCCACUUCUGUUUCUGGAAGGAGAAAGAUCGCCUGGGCUUUGAGGUGAUCCUGGUUUCGGCCAAUAAGCUCACUCGUUACAUCGAGCCGUGCCAGCUGACGGACGAUUUUGGAGGGAGCCUGGACUACGACCACAGCGACUGGCUCAACAAGAGACUGGUUUUCGAGAAGUUCACAAAGGAGUCAACAUCUCUUCUGGACGAGCUGACGAUCAUCAACGACAGCGAUAAGAGCGCCUCGGUGGACAAAGACAAAUCGACUGAUGGAGCUCUCUUACCAUCCUUUGAUCCUGAAACUGUCCUCCAGACUGGCCACGAGCUGCUGUCGGAGCUGCAGCAGCGCCGCUUCAACGGAUCAGAGGGAGGCGGGGGAGGACAGGCAGCUCCAGCAUGGUGCCCUAUGGAGGAGGAGCUGCUGGCUCAGCCUCAGGUGAUGAAGCUGCUGGACUCGCUCAGGGAGCAGUACACCAAAUACCAGGAGCUGUGCAGGCAGCGCAGCAAGCGGGCCCAGCUAGACGAGAUCCACGCCAAGGUCAUGCAGGUGGUGAACUGGCUGCAGGGUCCUGGUUCAGAGCUGCUGAAGACUCAGCAAACGAUCGGAGACUCGAUGCGAGCGGCUCAGGCUCUGCAGCAGAAGCACGAAGAGAUCGAGAGUCAGCACAGCGAGUGGUUUGCCGUGUACGUGGAGCUAAACCAACAGAUCGCUGCCCUGCUCAGCGCCGGGGAGGAGGAGGAAGUGGCGGAGCUGAAGGCGCUGCAGCAGCAGCUCAGCGACGUCUGCUACCAGCAGGCGUCCCAGCUGGAGACCCGUCAGAACGUCCUGCAGGCGGCGCAUGCCUUCCACAGCACCACGCAGGAGUUGUCCCAGCAGCUGGACGGACUCCUGGGCAUGCUCUGCGCCGACGUGUCCCCUGCCGACGGGGCGUCUAUUCAGCAAAACCUCAAACUGCUGGAGGAGAAGCUGCAGACCGUCGAAGCGGGUCUGUCCUCCCUCCGCCAGAAGGGGACGCUGGUGCUGGAGCAGAUGUGCGGCCAGUCGCCGUGGCCUCUGGAGGAAGCAGAGAGUCCUCCCGGAGAGCAGCAGGACAACGUCCAGCACGUCCAGGCUGUGAUGGAGGAGAUGGAGCUGCGCAAGCAGAGGUGUGAGGACAUGGUGGAUGUGAGGAGGCUGAAGAUGCUGCAGAUGGUCCAGCUGUUUAAAUGUGAAGAAGAUGCUUUACAGGCGGUCGAGUGGCUCGGCGAGCUGUUGGACGCCUUGUUGAAGACUCACGUCAGACUGGGGGAUGAUUCCCAGGAGACACGGACCAUGCUGGACAAACACAAGAAGUUUGUGGAUGUAGCUCAGAGCACCUACGACUACGGCCGUCAGCUUCUGCAGGCGACCGUGGUCCUCUGUCAGUCGCUGCGCUGCACGACGCGCUCGUCUGGCGACACGCUGCCGCGGCUCAACCGCGUGUGGAAACAGUUCACCGUCAGCGCCGACGAGAGACAGCAGCGGCUGGAGCUGGCCCUAAACUUCCACACCAUGGCCGAAAAAGUGUUGCAGCAGGAACGUGUGGAGGUGGAAUCUCUGGAUGAAGUCGACUCUUCAGGGAGAACUCUGCUGGACCGACUCGCCCUGCCGCUCAUCUUCCCUGACGGUUGUGACAGAUAUCGAGCCAACGCAGCGUUCGGUCAUUUCAGGAGCGAGCAGUUCUUUGGGAGUCCCAGCGACACGGCGGCCACGGCGGAGGGGGUCAGAGAGCGCCUCCUGCUGAUAGAGGAGCGGCGGCUGCAGCUGCAGGAGGCGAGGCUUCUCCGUGACGAGGAGGACGAGGAGGAAGUGGUGAACGGCCUGGAGGGAAGGCUGGACGUAAUCGGAGAGGAACUGAGCGAGAAAGAGGAGCAGGACGAGGAGGAGAAGGAGGCGGAGCAUCGGGAGGAGGACUUGGAGAGAGCGACGCAGGACUGCUAGUGGAUGUGUGGAGCUACGCUGAGCGGCCUUGAUGAAGCUUUGUUGGUGAAGGGCUGCUGACGUCUGAAAGGAUUUUCUCUGAGGUGCAAAUUGUCUUCAUGAUCCUCCUGCUAAGAAGCAUUUUUCUCAUCAGUGUCUCUCCUCAGCCUCACUACUUAAAACCGCUCCUCGGUCAGUCUUUCACUCCUCGGAGCAGAACCUGAGAGAAGCGAGCCGUUUCUCUGAUAUCAGUGGUUGUAAACAGUAAAAAUGGUAAAAAGAAAAGAAAAAAGAAACUGGAAUAAUUGCCACUCAUCUCUCUGCUCAGUUGAGGAUAAUCAUUUCUGAUGGGUACUAACACCGCUGCUGCCUCCUCCUCAUUUACAACUUGAGCAAAUCUUCCAUGGUGCUUAUCCCAGCUGCUUCUUGCUCUUCUGGUCGUUCUAAUGUCCCUUUUCAUUUAAACCCAAAGUAAACCGUUUGUCCGCAGAUUUCAGCACUGGUCAACAAGUCAUCCUGGUUGAAUUCGUUUUUUAACUUUUAACUUCUGCUUUCAGGACUCUCUCACAGCAGCUCAGUUAGAUAACCUAACGACGACGCUCAAAGAACUUCAGGAAACGACCAAAAAAAACCUUUAAGUCAGCUGAAAGGAAACGUUUACGCUGUUUGGUCUAAUAUUUUACAACUGAAUCUUUUUCUUUUUUUUUUAAUUGUCUGCCAUAGUUGGGGGAGUGUGACUGUAUUCAGAACGCGUUGUGCGCUUUUCAGCAUCUCUGACCAAAAAGGACAACGUGGCAAGUUACGGGGAAAAGUUAAAGAUCAAAUCAGUGAUUCAGAAAGUGCAGUUCCUUAUGCAUUGUGUGUAAACAGUGAUGCCAUGAAAUUGUGGUAUUUUUAUUAAAGGUUGGCAUGCUGUGAGAGCUUCUUUCCCAGCCCAGACCAAGUGACCUGCUACAUGCUCAGGUCCCAGAAACUAUGGUAGUGGUGAUUUCUCACUAAAACUCUUGUCACGAUUUAUAUACGCUCUUGACCUAAACCAGGGGUCUGCAACCUGUGGCUCUGUGGACCUUCCACAGUGGCUCUUAAUAACUUUGGCUACAAAUUAUAUUUUUCAUUAUGCUAUUUAAAUGUAAUAAUGAUAAUAAAUGCAGAUGUUAGCAGUUUUUUCUUAGAAUUGCUUUUAAUUUUCACAACAAAAUGAUGCUAAAAGUGGCAGUAAUAUUUAAUUUUAAAUCAAUAUUCUUUCAUUAUGUUGGAAACUGUUUUCCAUUAUCCACAAAUAACUACAUCCUGCCCAACCUUUUUUUGUUUUAAAACUUCAAAAUAGACAUAAAAUGGUGUUUCUUUAAAGAUGACAACAUAUUUACUACAGUAGAUCUUUAUCAAAAAUUAUAACUUGUCUUUUUUUUUCAAAAGGCCAGCCAACAUUUGCAGCUCUGAACGAGUUUAAUUCAAGUGGACUGGAGGCAAAAAGGCUCUUUAGACUGUAAAGGUUGCAGGCCCCUGACCUAAACCAACGCGUUUAGUUUAAGAGUGCGCAUUGAAACACACAACCAGUUAAAUAGUUUUACAGUUAAACCUGGAAUAUCGACCAUAAUUUAGGCUUCCUGGCACAUGUUCUGGCCAGCUGUUGGUUUUCAGGGAAGCUCUGAACUAAAAAAAAAAAGAAAAAGCCAAACUGUAAAACCUCUCUGGUUUGAAUCAUGGUACGAAAUGUUAAGACGUCCUGGAAGCUCACAGAACCACAGCUGUUAAAAAUCUAUGCAGUGAAUCCCUUUUUUUUCUGCUUAUAUAUUUAAAUUACAGAAGCAGUUUAUAAAUGCUGAGUUUGUGUGAUGCUUUUUCUCCUUAGUGCAGCAUCAACUGCACAAUGUUUUAUUAGUGGAUUCUGCUGGAGAUCAUUAUUUCAUUAUUGGUCUCUGAUCCAAUAAUUAUACAAGCAAGAACCGAUACCGAGAACGUGGAGGAUGUUUCCUCCUGAGGGCUUUCUGGACCAGCAGUUCUAACAGUACCAUGUCUGUGAUACAGAUAAAGGACUGAAGCAAAAAAAAAAAAAAAAAAAAAAAAAAAAACACAACAAAUAAAUAAAUGAAUGGAUUUAAGAUGGGCAGCUUGCUUUACUGCUGAGUGGAAAAACUGAGCUGUUUGUGACUACAGUCCAGUGUUCGUCUGAGAUCAGAUGCAGAAGUUUUGAAAAGGGCAGCUUUUAUGUAUUUAUUCACUUGGUUUUAAGUUAAACAUUUAAUGUUCCUGGCUAGUUUGUUCUUCAGAACUGCUGCUGUAAGUGUAUCUGCUAAUUGCUCUGUCCUGCUCCGUCUCUACCGUCCAAUGGCAAAAACUACAAAAUCCUCUAAAUAAAGGUGUAUAAGAAAA